AUUCAGCAUGCGGACACUGCAGGCGGCCAGAGCAGCGACGAGGGCAGCAGCAAGGCGGAGCGGGGCAUCCUGCUCGCGCAGCUACGGCUCCCUCCCUGCCCGGGGCACGUUCCACACGGACGGCACGACGCCAACGACCGACGCGACCAAGCCGCCGCGCUACGGCCAGCCGCUGGCCGGCACGCAUGCGCACCUCGUGCAUGCGCGCGAGCUGACCCCCGGCAUCACGGCCGCCGAGUACGAGGAGCGCCGGCGGAAGCUCAUGGACAGCUUGCCGGCCGGAGCGGUCGUCGUGUGCAUGGGCUCGACGGUGCGCCUUGUUUCCCAGCAGAUCUUCUACAAGUUCAGGCAGGCGACCGACUUCUACUACCUCACCGGCUUUGACGAGCCCGACGCGACUGUCGUGCUCGUGUCCCGGCCGUCCACGCCACGGGGGUACACGAUGACAAUGUUCGUUCCCCCGCGGGAGCGGCACGAGCUCCUGUGGGCGGGGGAGCGGACGGGCGUCGAGGGCGCCGUGGAGAUCUUCGGCGCGGACGAGGCAUACCCGUCCCACGAGCUGGGCGCGAUGCUGCCGGGGUUCCUGCACGGGCCGGACGUGUAUGCGAGCUUGCCGCCGAGCCCGUCCCCCAGCGCAUCAUCACAGCCGUUCACGCCGCCCCCGCCCCGCCGCCGCUCGUCGCUGCUCAAGCUGUUCAGUCCGGAAAAGUCGGGCAGCCUGGCAGACGGCGACCCGCCACAUUUGGUGCUCGCUGCCGCGCUGGCAUCAGAGCACGCCAAGCCGCUCGAACGGCCAAUUCAGGCGCUCCGCGUGCGCAAGAGCCCCGCCGAGCUGCGGCUCAUGAAGGCCGCCGCAGAGAUGAGCUCAAAGGCUCACCGCGAGGUCAUGCGGUUCGCCAAGCCCGGAGGCACGGAGGCUGCGCUCGCCGCGCACUUUGAGUACAUCUGCGCGCUGGGAGGCAGCGAGCGGCCAGCAUAUGUGCCUGUCGUGGCUUCGGGCGCCAACUCGCUCGUUAUCCACUACACGCGCAACGACUGCGUCCUGGGCGAGAAUGAUCUCGUGCUCAUCGACGCCGGCGGAGAACGCCACAUGUACGCGUCGGACAUUACGCGCACCUUCCCCGUCUCGGGCAAGUUUACCGACCCCCAGCGUGACCUCUACCAGGCGGUCUUGAACGUGCAGAAGGAGUGUGUCAAGCGCGUGCGGCUAGACGAGGGGGUGUCGCUGAACGAGCUGCACCGAGCGAGCUGCACCCUCCUCAACACGGAGCUCAAGAACAUUGGCUUCCGCCUGACCGUCGGCGACGUCGAGCGGAAACUCUACCCGCACUUCCUAUCGCACCACGUCGGCUCAGACCUGCACGACUGCCCCACAGCGGACCGGAGCGCGGUCCUGCGCGAGGGCAACGUGAUCACGAUCGAGCCGGGCGUGUAUGUGCCUUUCGACUCGGCGUUCCCCAAGGCGUUCCACGGCCUCGGCGUGCGCAUCGAGGACGAGGUGGCGUGUACCCGUGAUGGGCCAGCAGUGCUGAGCGCGUCCGCGCCCAAGGAGCGCGCGCCAUCCCGCUCCAUCACUGUCGACGCGGCGGGCGAAGCGGUAUCAGAAGCCGCCGCAUCGGCCUUCCCCCCCGUCCAGUUCAUCUCCGACCUCCUCCUCAACACGCCGACGCCGUCGUACGGCCUCUCGAUCAUCGUCCUCACCCUCAUGCUCCGCUUCGGCAUCACGGUCCCGAUUACCAUGUGGCAGCGCAGGCGGAUGAAGCGCGAGCGCGAGCUCGUCGUGCCGGAGAUGAAGAAGAUCAACGACCGGCUCGCUGUCAAGCUCGUGGGCGACGCGCGCCGCGAGGGCCUCAGCUAUGAGGAUUACCAGAAGAGGCUGAAGAACGAGAUGGCCAAGGCCCAGUCGGCGCUCCACAAGCAGCACGGCACGCACCCGCUCAUCACGCUCGUCACCCCGUUCGCCGUCCACCUCCCCGUGCUGAUCAUCACGUCCAUGGCUAUCCGGCACGCGAUCGCGGUGCCCGACUCGGCGCUGGCAGCCGACAGCUUCUUCUGGAUCCCCAAGCUCGGCGGCGUCGACCCAGAGCACAUCCUGCCCAUCCUCGGCGCAAUGUGUGCCUUUGGCAACGCCGAGGCCAGCAGCCGCAAGCGCAAGGGCGAGCAGGCGGACCUCGAGGCGGCCGCGCAGCCCGCGGAGAUAUCCGAGAAGGAGGUCUUCUCAUCCGUCGUCGACGCGUCGCCCAAGGCCAAGCCCAAGGCCGACGCAGCGCCGUCUACCAAGCGUAGCUUCAGCACGUCGGCGUCCAACGCGGCCGUCGCGCCGCGCCGGCGCCCUCCGCGCGCCCUCCGCUCAGCAGCUGCCGAGCCGGGCCCUCCAGGAUCGCCAGCGCCUGCAAACCCCUCCGAGUCCAGGAAGGCGCCCCCUGUGCUCGAAGACAUCGAGUCGGCCGAGAAGCAGGCCGUGCAGCGCACAUUCAUUGGACGCUUCUUAGACGGCCUCACCUUCCUGAUGCGCGGGUUCGCCAUCAUCUUCCUCCCCGUCGGUGCCGUCAUGCCAAGUGGCGUUGUGCUGUACUGGGUCACGUCGAUCGCCUUUUCUCUCGCCCAGACGCUGUACCUCGGCCGUUUGAACCGCCGGGAGGCUGCCAUCCGCGCCGCGACGCGCGCCUCGAUGCGUCUUGCCAACGCAUGGCAGCGCCGCAUGCGCCGCGCCCUCGUGCUCAUGGGCACAGCGAGCACGGCCUAUCUCUUCGUGUCCUAUCUCCUCGGCAGGAUGCGCGACGGCCGCAUCAGGGCUCUCAAGGAGCGCCGCGAGCGCGAGACAAUCAAAGCCCACUUCACCUCGCUCCUCUCCACCAUCUCGUUCACGCUGUACGCGCUCCUCCCCACGCUCCAGCCGCAGCUGUUCGCAGCCUACCCCGUCGAAGCGACGAGCCAGGCGCUCCAGGCCAAGUCCAACCCCGCGGCGGCGGUCGCCGGCCCCCCAGGCGGCGCAAGUAUAAGCGAUUUAGGCAGUCUGCCCGCCACGAGCUCGGAGGCGACGCCGGGGAGCACGCCGGCCGACUCGCUCCUCCUCGAGGGGGCGAGCGAGCCCGCCGACCGCGAGCUCGCGGUCCCCCACGUCCAUGCGCCCGGCACCAUCGCAGAGAGCGUCACGUCCAUCGCCGAGUCCGAGACCACGUCCGGCUCGGCGUCGGACAACGGCGCGGGUGGACCGCACCCCGGCGAGUCGUGGGCGUCCGAGUUCCAGUCCCGUCUCGGUACCUCCGAGGCACAGACCGAGGACGACAUGCUUACCGCCUCGACCGUCUCCCAUUCCAUCUCGCUUCCUCCUACAGACACGUCUAGCGCCAUUCCCUCGCCCACGUCUGAGCGUAUUCCCCUCGAGUCGCCCCGCAUCGCUGGCGGCUUCUCGCCCCCCUCGCUCUCUCCUCCCCGCCCGUCGACUUUCUCCAACCCGCCGCCUGACACGCGUACCAAGAAGGAACUGUGGCGUGACCUCAAGGUUGAGAGCAUCACCCGUGCAUUCGCGACCGUCUACCUCGUUCCCCUCGUUUACCUCCUCACCUCCUCCCAACUGACCAUCCUCGCUCGUACUCGCUACCUCUCCGACAUCAAGACUGGCAACGCCGUUAACGCCGAGCGCGAGCGCGAAGCCCGCCAGAGGGACAACGCGAAGCGGAGUUGGUUUGCCUACUUCUCGGUCGAGAACAUGGGCCUGGGCGACUACGCCGACCACGGAUCGGCGGCCCUCGACCGCAUCUGCAACAUUCCUGUCGUCGGCUAUGCCGGAAAGCUCAUCGUCUCGAUCCUCCCCUGGGGAAGCACACCCGCUGUCGCUACGAUUGUCGACACGCCAGAGGCGGUUGCUGCCCGCGAGGCCGCUGCCGAGCUUGACCGUGCUGAGUCCGAGCGCCUCUUCCUCACCUACUCAUGGUGGCUACUUCACGAGGGCUGGCGCGGCGUCUCGAGCCGUGUCGAGGUCGCCGUCGACAAGGUGUUUGGCUCGAUGCCACUCAAGCGCGACAUCUCGGCCCAGGACUGGGACAACCUUGUGCGCGAGAUCCGCGCGGGUGUCGAGACCGACAUCGACGACGAAGGCAAGGUGCAUCUGUAUGACUUCUCCCCCAACAUUCUCCCUCCCACGCCGCUGCCUCCCUCGUACGAGGACUGCCCUCUGCCACUCGACCCUGCCGAGAGCGGGCCGUACCUCGUCUCGCUGCUCAACCAGACGGCCGAGCAGAUCAGCGGGCCCGACGCCAGGCUGCUCAUCGACCGCGGCGUUGGCGCCAUGCUCGCUGGCCUUGCGGACAAUCUCCGCGCCGACGUGUUUGGCGACGACCGCCGCCGCCUCGCCGACCUGCUCCCCGAGCUCAACCGCUGGGGCCGCAGCAUCUGGGAGGGCAUCCCCGACGGCGGCGUCGAGACAUUGCUCGCGCUCCCCGAGUUUGAGGCCUUUGCCGCGCUCAUCUUUGGUGACUGGGCCCCUCGUUCAUAGAGCAGAAUUGGGCGGGUGCGUAGGUGCCGGCACCCGCACGGAAAGCAGUAGCAGCAGUAGCCAUUAUACCACAGUUAGCAGCUUGCAUCAGUUACGUGCCACAUGCAUGAGUCGGAGAGCUGGAGGGCGAGUAGAAUGAGGCGUUGUCGGGGCUGGUCCGACACAACACCACACGCAACUCGGCGAUGUAGACCCGCUGACUCGUUCAACGACAGCGCUUCCAGCCUCAACCCAGCCUCAGAAUGCCAGCCAAGAACCACUUGCGCCGCCGCCACUUCCUCCAACCGCAGCCUUUGAUCCAUGCAUUCGAU